UGUGUUUUAAAGAGCGAGGGAGAGAGUGACUCUGCAUUUAAGACUUUGACCAGCAUGUAUAAGAAGUGCUCUCAUGGCUGGAAUAAUCUAAAUCAUUUUUACCUGGGUGGCACUUGGCAAAGCUCCCCUUUUUUUCCUGCACAGUCAAAAGGAAUCUAGUACAACUCUGUGCUUCGAUCAACUUGACUCCAGUUUUGCUCAGCCUGCAGGGUCUGCUGGUGCACGGACGUGCCUGUCUUAUGUGGCCUCUAUGGCCCUUUUCUGCUCAACUAUCAGAAAGAGGGAGGGAGGCUUCCCCCAGCACCAAAAUAUCGUUCUGUGUGCUCUCUGCAGCACAGUAGCUAAGACCAAGUUUCCUGAUUACUCCCUGGUCUUUUUGGAGUUAUUUGCUGGAAGAAGUCUUUUUUCCCUCUUUAAAUGGAUGAUUGUGUUACAAUCAAGAAAAAGCAUCUCCAAAGACCAAUCUUUAGAUUACGAUGCUUGGUGAAGCAGCUGGAGAAGGGUGACAUUAAUGUGGUGGAUUUAAAAAAGAAUAUUGAAUAUGCAGCAUCUGUGCUGGAGGCAGUUUAUAUCGAUGAAACCAGGAGGCUCUUGGACACUGAGGAUGAGCUCUCUGACAUCCAGUCAGAUUCUGUCCCGCUGGAAGUGCGGGACUGGUUAGCUUCUACAUUCACGAGGGAAAUGGGAAUAGUGAAGAGGAGACCUGAAGAAAAACCCAAAUUCCGAAGCAUUGUGCAUGCUGUACAGGCUGGGAUUUUUGUAGAAAGGAUGUACCGUAGAACUUCUAGCAUGGUUGGUUUGGCUUACCCAGCAGAAGUGAUUGUAACAUUUAAGGAUGUUGAUAAAUGGUCUUUUGACGUAUUUGCCCUAAAUGAAGCAAGUGGAGAGCACAGUCUGAAAUUUAUGAUGUAUGAGCUGUUUACUCGAUACGACCUUUUGAGCCGUUUCAAGAUCCCUGUUCCCAAUCUUAUUACAUUUGCUGAAGCUCUUGAGGUUGGUUAUAGCAAAUACAAAAAUCCAUAUCACAAUUUGAUCCAUGCAGCUGAUGUUACUCAAACUGUGCAUUACAUAAUGAUUCACACUGGUAUCAUGCACUGGCUCACAGAACUGGAAAUUUUAGCAAUGAUAUUUGCAGCUGCCAUCCAUGAUUAUGAACAUACUGGGACCACAAAUAAUUUUCAUAUUCAGACAAGGUCAGAUGUUGCAAUAUUGUACAAUGAUCGUUCUGUUCUUGAAAAUCAUCAUGUUAGUGCUGCUUAUAGACUCAUGCAAGAAGAAGAGAUGAACAUUCUGGCAAAUUUAACCAAAGACGACUGGAGGGAGUUGCGUAGCUUGGUCAUUGAGAUGGUCUUGUCUACAGAUAUGUCGGGUCAUUUUCAACAAAUUAAAACAAUGCGACAUACUCUACAGCAGGCAGAGGGGGUAGACAAAGCCAAAGCCAUGUCUUUGAUUCUACAUGCAGCAGACAUAAGCCAUCCAGCAAAAUCCUGGGAACUGCACUACCGGUGGACCAUGGCCCUGAUGGAAGAAUUUUUUCGACAGGGAGACAAGGAGGCUGCUUUAGGUCUUCAGUUUUCACCACUCUGUGACCGCAAGUCUACUUUGGUAGCUCAAUCCCAAAUAGGUUUCAUUGAUUUCAUAGUAGAACCAACGUUUUCUCUUCUUACGGACUCAAUGGAGAAAAUUGUUAUGCCUCUUAUAGAGGAAGCAUCAAAAUCUGAAAGUCCUGCAUUUGGGACACCCGGCCAGAAUAGUUUGGGAGCAGUAAGCAAUGCUGAAACACAAAGACGACACAAUUUUAAAACUACAGCAAGUGAUGGAGGGACUCACACAGAAAAUUCUCUAGCAACUGUAGACCUAACAAGCUUUAAGAACAACUUGAUGCAGAUCAUCCAAGCAAACAAAGAAAGAUGGAAAGAAUUAGCUGAAGAAGAACUUGUGAGAAAUGUUGAUGAACAGGAAAAAGACCAGAGCAGAAAUUCCACAGAUGCACAGUUACAGGAAGAGACAAGAAGCAUACAAAAUGAGAGUAGUCAGGGGAGCGAUGGUACAACCUGUCCUACCAGAUCCAUCGUCCUACAAGUAGUCACUUCCGACACUUCUCUGAGUGAUGAAUCCAACUCAGAAAAAUGCACUAACUCUGAUCUGAACCAGAAAGAUCUCACCGAUGCCCAGCAAGAAACACAGAAUACAGACCCACUGAAUGGUAAUACUUCUUCACAAAGCACCAGUCAAUCUAAUGAAGCUGUCCAGGGUGAGCCUAUACACUGUAAGAAAUCAGAAGAUAUAGUAAAAGCCACUGAGCAAAAACAAGCACUGGUACACAACUAGAUGUCCUGUUUCUUAAAAGCUUCUGACAUUUCAGGCAGGACAGGAGAAAAGAAGAACACUGUCUGCUCCUGCACCUGUGCUCUCAGAGGCUGUUAUCUGUCACCUUAUUCUUGGAUCAUCCUGUUUCUGUGGAGAGUGAUUGGACAAAAUGAUCAAAAGUGUAAAACAUAAAACCCUGAGCUGGUAACUCAAGGCACUUAACAACUCUCAAAAUUUCAGUUGUAUUUGUUGUUGUUAUUUCCUCUUCUAUUCUGCUUUCUUAAACUAGCCAAAAUAAUUUUUUCAGCCAAAGUUGGACCUCGCUUUGUUGUAUCACUGACACCAGACAUUUCCAAUUAAUCAUGAGACAUGUGAAAACAUGGCAAUGAUCAUCUGCACUGGAUUGCUGUUACGUGUCACUGCUACUGGCGUCCAAUAGAAGUGGAAAGUCAAAAUGAGAUGUUGCUAUAGACACUUGUUCAUGCAACCAUGCUGCAUGCAACGUUGAAGUUCUCCUCGUUAGCUUCCUUUAAAUAUCUGGAAUUAAAAAUAUGUAGACUGUGUGGGAAGUUCUAGAGCUGUACAGAUGAGCCUGCGUGAAUGAUGACUCUUUCCCUUUGCGGUGGCUGCCAUAUGGAGAGAAAUGGUGUUUAAGAAAUCAGUAUUUGAAAACCUCUUUUAAAAUAAUUAAAUAGCAUCCAGUAUUAUGAUUAAAACAUUCUCAGUCCAACAGUGUUUUCUCCGAUGUCACAGCAGUGGUGUCAGCCCUACCGUGAAGCUGGUGCUCAUUGUUUUGUAGGCGGAAGAGACUGCUACAUGAAUACAUGGAAACUGCUUCGUUUCAGCAGAGUACUGUGUUGCCUCUCAAACAGAACUGGAAGGUGGCACUAAGACCUCAUAUCAUGUUUUUUUCACAAAUGCAAAGUCGAUGACAAGAAUGCCACAAAGUCCUUCCUUGCCUUGUUUCAUUAAAAGAAAACACCAGAGCAUCUUUCUCUGAGAGGCAGCAAAAGCGGAGCACGCAGGCAGUUACCUCUGCGAGAAGUCUCAGGGUGAGCCAGCCAGCUCCAGCUGGGAUCCGGAAAGAGACUCCAUGUUCAUCUCUGCUUCCCUCAAGCUGCAUGGGCCCCUCGGCUUGCCCCUCGGCCUCGUGCAGCCUGCCAACAACCUCAUUGCAACAACCGCUGCAGCCUGCCAGGAAUCCUCCACCCCCCUCUUCAGGUUGUACGCUCGCGGGUGAGUUGGGUCACUGCAUUCCCCGUUCCCCUUUUUGGACCCCGUGGUUAUUACCUCACUGACCAAAAAGUCUGCAAUCAACCAUGGUCCACUCUGAAGAGGACUCGUGGGGGCAGUGGCUCUCCCCUCUAUGCAGAGGCCUGUGUACUACUCACCUGCUGCUUCAGGGAUCUAACCAGAGCUCAAGCGUAACAUAGGCACCAGGCUCAGCCUCAAUAAGGACACGUUAUGUCCCGAUUGAAGAAGGAAUAGUAAACCUACCACCCCAUAUUGAGGGAAGCGUACAUGUCCAUACCUUUGACUGUCUCCUUUCUGACAGCACAACCACUGAAAUUGAGCUGGGAACAAUACAAGCUCUGAGCCCUGGGAUAAGGGCAUGCCAAACGGUGGAAUUUCUGUUGUUGAAUAUGUAAGCCAUAUACACACUAUGCAUAACUAGUGUGCAUAGUUUUAACUUAAGAAAUAUUUGUGCAUAUAGGUUGUAAAAAGUGCAUUUAAACUGUUUUGUGUAUCUGGUCCAGGGCUUGUAUUUGGCAUGGACAAAGUUCUGUACAGUGCAGUUAAAGAAUGAAAUGUUAACGAAUGAAAUUGUAUCAUAUAUGUUAUAAUGCAAUUGAUAUUUUUUGCUAAGAGUUAAGAAUUUAUAUAUUAUCUGCCAGUGUUUGAGCAAAUCAUUAGUAGCCUGGAUCACUCCAUGCACCUUUGCAACCCUUUCUGGGGAACGUUGGGCACAUUUUUUCCUUUACAAUGAAAUGUAACCCAUCUUAUGGUUUCUUAUUGUCAUUAUGACGAAGAAGCAUAUUGUUUAUAUCAGACUUUUUUUUUUUAAUGUAAAUUGCCAUAUCUUGUGGCAGUAGAAAAUCUUGUUUAAGAUCUGAGAAUUUUGGUUUUAUGUCUUUUCUUUCAAAACAUGGGACAUUAUUUCAGAUGUCCUGAGCAUCUGCAGUCCCACCAAAUUUGAAAAGAUCAAAAGGUGACUGAUAUUUUUAAAAAUUAGGCCAGUUAGAUCUUUGUAAUGUUCUUCAAUAUCGUGAUUUAUGAUUCAUCGAGAACACAAGUCAGGAGCAAUCCAAAUGCAAUGUUCUUAUUGUAUUUUCAAUUUCAGACUUUUACCGUAGUUGAACUUGACUUUUUCUUUCUGUACCUCUGUCCCAUCACCACUGAGAUACUCUGCAGAAGUUUUCUCCUGGAAACAGAAGCAGAAGUUAUAGCUGAUUCUGCAGUCUACUGGGAGCAUCCUGUGGGGCUCUCGGUGUCCUGUUGUUAUACCCAGCCCCGUGAUCUCCCACUACAGAGGCUAGGAUGAAUUCCUGACCUCACAGGAGGUACUCAGUGCCUGCAGAUCUCCUUCGUUAAUAUAGAAAUGUGAUUUGUGUAUAAAUAUUCCUACUUGCUCAUUUGUAUACAGUUUUAAUCACUGUGGUAGAUGUUACUGAAAUACAAGCAGAGUCCUUACUUUUUCUUUAAAGCCAGCUAAUUCUCUUUCUUUCUUCCUUUAUUCUUAGCAAGGUUUUAUCUGGACAUGACCCAGAGCUUACUGUGUUAUUUGGAUGAGGAGAAAUUUACUUUGGUGGAGAAGACCAUAAUAACCAACAUGUGUUAGCUAAGGCUUUGACCUUGGGUGGAAUUCACAUUCAGAUGGCAGAGAGGCUUCUUGUUGGGGCCUGUCCUGAACAAGAAUUUCUCUCUGAAACCUGCAAGGCUGCACUACCAAAACACUGCAUGGGGCCAUAAGAAAUGGUGUUUGUAUAUGCAUCUCUCCCACAGCAUUAUGGGCAUGUACCCCUGCAUCGAGCACACUGAGGAACUGUAGCUAUAGAUUAGCCCUCAAGAAUUUUAUUUUGUAUUUUUAUCUUGAGAUAUCUGACAAAUAUAUUAUGUAAUAUUGUUAUGGGUUAUGAUCUAGCCAGUAUUUUUUUAUUUAAUUUUCAACAAGGCAAUCUACAACUGUGUGUUUUUAUUCUGCUGUAUUUGUCCGUAUUUCCUAUGAUGAUAUUCCUAAAUAAAUUUGAUUUGAGGGCAAGGAUCGUGAAGCUAUUGAAUGCUAGUUACAAAUUUGCUUUACUGAAGCAUUCGCUCAUUUGCAUAUGAUUGCCCUUGGAAAGUGACAGAUCAUAAAUGGUUGUUUCCACAC